AUGUUAUCCGGUGGCGUACUGCACCAAUUCAGUCAAGUUCGGCGCUUAAGUCUCAGCUACAUCGAAGUCACCUUGAUAAACGGACACUGCAUUGCCGUCGGCAUACUGGGAGGUUUCCAUCCAGUGCGCCUGCAGUACAUUCUGGUCAUACGAGAGGAACAUAACGUCUACCUGCCUCCGCACGUCCUUGAAAAGUUGUUCUCAGUCGUCGUCAACCAUUACCAGCUCGAGCCGUGA